UCUCCGUCCCCUCUCUGUCUUUCGCUCUCUGCGGAUAGUCCUGCUACCUAGCUUUCUCUGGUCUUGGCCACGCCCGCGGUCCCGUCCCGUGUCCGCAUCUCUUCCUUCACUCACCUUUCACUGGACUAUGGCCAACUGACUCUUGUCUCCCCCACUGUCUUAUUACGUUGUGGCUUCAUACGUGCCUGGUUUAAUCUCAUCCGGGAACCCUCAGACCCAGCGCUACUAUCGCCAUCGCUACCGUCAACCAAUAUUAUCAUCUCCUCCCUGGCCACCGUACUGACUGCUUCAAGUUACUGGUUUUCUGUUUUUGCUGCCCACGGCUGGCAAUGCUGCCAGUCAAUGAUUUUUCUUCCCUCUCUAUCUACCUCUUUCUUUCACACACACAUACUCACUCCCUCGCACUCUCUCUCACUCUGUCCUUUCUCUCCUACACGCCCCCCCUCCGGUUCCCUCGCACUCAAGACGGAUACGUCGCAGAAAGCAUCGUACCUUACCUCAUCCCAACCUGCACACACUCACACACACCUCUCACACACAGACGCGCGGAGAAUUGUCGUUGAACAGGGGAUCGUGAUGGCAUAGCCCUCUACCCUUGAUUAGCAGCCACUCUAAAGACGUCGACCAGGGUGUUCCCUGGCCUACCUUUCCCUCGACCAGAUCAACCCUGAACCACACCCUAGCUUCAUCUCAAUUGCCCCCUCCCCUCGUAGGUCUAGCAAGCCUGCCUCCAGUCACACAAAAACCGACCGGGAGCCACCGAUCGACUGCUGCCAAAAAAAAAAAAAAGCCUAUGGGUCCUUCUCUCCAACGUAUCCAGCCCUCGAGAAAUAACGCUUCUUUAUUCCGGCCGCCGAGAGGAGAGAGAAUCGGAGAGACAAAAAGAGGCUAGGGGUAGACUAGAUCUACAUCGUCUUCCUCCCUUUUCUCUACUUCCGCCCUUCUCUUUUUCUCUUAUUCCAUCACUUAUACAUCCGUACCCAAAGACAGGUCGCCGGUACGCAGGUAUCCAGCCAUCCAUCUCCGCAUCCCGCGCCUGAGGUUCUGUCGUGGUACCUCCUGCAACUGCCCGCAUCAGCAUCGCGCUCGACGACCCGCCAGCAACGCCGCAAGGAGCUUCAUUGGAGCUUGGAGGAUCAUUGUGCGAGCUUUCUGCUACAGCAGCCUCGUCGUCUUACAGCAUCGGACUCUGCAUCUUCUCAUUCCUGGCCUGCGUCCCUAGCACAGCUGAACCGGUCUUCUCUUGCGACUCUCACACCUAGCACGAACGCCCGGUUGAGUAAUUAAAGACGGCGCGCGAGCUUGCAUUGUCAUUGAAAUACCCGCUGGUUCAGACUUUUGCUAUUCGCCAUAUCGAGUAUUUCUGCGAAAUCCACGAAAGAGCUUUCUUCUCCCCAUCGGAACCGGUGUUUCGAGACUGAGUGGACAAGAGGAGGAAUUCAACUGAUUCGAUCAAGAGAAAAAGGCAUCUUCCGAAAGGAGCCACAGAGUACAACGUCCCUUGAGAAAAGAAGGGUAAUUUGAUUUGGGCCCGGCGCACGCCAAAGACCGACACGGCGAGCUUCAGAAUAUCGCCAACAGCAUACGACGCACCGACAGCGUCUACGUGAUAGUUCCGGCCUUUCGCAACAUUCUGGGAAACGAGACGUCGUCUAAAAGAAGGCGUGAGAAGCUCUCGACCCGGGUGCCCGUUGAAGCUGCAUCACAACAUCCAUGCAAGCCAUAAGUAGCGAUUGCGACACGUCGUCUACCUCGUUCGGCCAGCGCCGAGGCAUUUCCGAUCUGGCGCGAUUCGCCCUCGACCUGACCUGGGCAACGCCAACAAGAGCAGAGUCCGAGACUCCUGCUCGACCCAGAGCAUAUCCUUCCCCGCCCAUGUCAGGGUCUCCUCCUCUCCCGCCCAAGCCAAAUCCAGAGGCUGGUGACCGAGGGCAACUGCAUGGCAGCUAUCCGUCCACCAGCCCGCAAAAUGCCUACCGGGGAGGACUGCCGCCAACGACGAUACCGCAAGGCGACUACCGAGGUCCUCCGCCUCCGCCGCAUUCCUUGCCGCCACCCCAGCCCCGAUCAUAUCACGCCGAUCCGCAAGACAGGAUGCCUUACUCAUACCCUCGACCCGACGACCACCUGCGGACUACGCCUUCAGGAUACGCACAUCUGGCAAGCCAGGUCAUGCAGCAGCGGCCUCCUCCGCCCUACAUGCAAAUGUCUGGGCCACCGCCGCCACAGCCAACAGGACCUCAUCAGCAUGGCUACGCGACGACCAUGUCGCAGACAUCCCAGGACAGCGGUCCCUAUACGUCUCCCAAGACGCAAAGAAAGACAAAGGGCCAUGUGGCAUCAGCCUGUGUGCCAUGUAAACGAGCCCAUCUUCGAUGCGACGCUCAACGGCCCUGUUCGAGAUGCACAAGCAACGGCAAGGAAGACGCCUGCGUUGAUGUGCAACACAAGAAGCGUGGCCGCCCGCGGCUGAGAGACGACCGAGAAGCCCGCUAUGGCCCCUCGACAUAUCAGCAUCCUCAGGAUGCCGCAGCCGCCGCCGCCGCGGCAGCAAGGAGACCGCCGCUGAGCCACUACUCAGCUGGCACUCCCAUCUCAGGGUACGACGACCCCAUCCGAGGCAGUCACUCCUAUCGCGUUCUAAAGUCUCAACCAAGCGAACCCAUUGCGCCUCGGUAUCUGGACAGAGCUCCCAUGGCCGACGCGAACCUGUACGGCCAGCCCCCGUCUCUCGCGUCUGGGGCGCCCGAGCCAGUCAUCUUCUUGACGACAGAACUGGAGAUUGCGCGUGCCUCGCCGGCUUUUGCUGAUGCCGUCGGAAUUCCCAACGUCAGAGGCCGCUCCCUCUUCGACAUCGUGGUGCCCACUGAGCGCGAGAAGCUUCAGAGCCAUCAACGGCAGAUACAAGAGGAGCGAACAAGAAAGGACCCCGUCUACCUACCUCCUAUCUUCGGCAGGCAGGAGCAAGAGCGCGUUUUCGACUCGUUGCGAUUCGAGGCCGAUGAGAUUUCGCGGUUCCAGCUCGAUCGUCAAGACUUCUUCGUUUUCGCGGCAAGCGAUGGACAGCCGAGGUCGUAUUCCGUGCGUCUGGGUUUGGCCAAGCGUGAAUCGAUUUACUUCAUCGUCCUCCUCAUCAAUGCCGCACCGCGGUAUCCGUAUCCCUCGCCAUCUCCGCAUGCACGCGAGGUGCCGUAUCCUUAUCCGCCUCAACAGCAGGCAUACGCGCAGCACACUCCCGUCUCCGCCACGUUCGAGCAGCCGAGACCUCGAUUCGGAGAAGGCGCACUCGCGCCGCGCCCAUCCCCUGGCCAACCUCUGCACAUGGCUUCUGGUCUAAGCCCCGGCAUCAGUCCUGGCAUGCCCUCAUAUGCGGCCUCACCUAGCCGUCCCGAGUACGCCAGCGGACCCUCGUCGUACCAGAUCCCUCGCAGUGAGCUGCCGCCGACCACUCGGCCGCCGCAGCCAUCUUUCCAGUUGCCUCCGAUCCGAGCUGGCCCCCAUCAACCUCCUCAACCAGAAUCAUCUUCCUGGCAAAGGGACGAACGAUCCGGACGGGUCGAUAUUGGCGGCCUUCUCGAGAAGCCGGACCCGCAGCAACGACGUCCGCAAUGAGUAAUGACUUCCUGCCGCCCUAGCGGUUGUGGUCGAUAAUAAUUCCCUUCACCCGGCUCGGUGUACGUCUCCUUCCCAAUAGCGAUAGAGGCUGCAUUCGAGACCGAAUUCUGGUCCAUUGACAUUUUUGACCGUGUGUUGAGGUGGGCGGUCUCCGCGUCGUUCGCCUCUUGUAUUUGUAUCGAGUUCCCUUCGUUUCCAUGUCCGCCUUCGGGUCCAUCGUUGUUGUUUUUCCGGCGGCCACGAGCCAUCACGAGAUACCACUUGUAUAACCACCAACUUUUUUUUUGCUUUUUGCUCGACCCCCUUGCACAUACUGUUUUCCUCCUGCUUCCAAUUGGGGCAUUUUGGCAUCCGUUUGGGCGUUUUUUUUUUCUUUGGCUUCGAUUCCCUGGGCUGGGCAGGUUGCGUCUGUUGUUGCAUCCAAUCCAAUGCUGAAUGACGUUGGAGAGUGUAGGAAUAUGGCCCGUCGUCUCCAAAGAAAUUGGCGGCGGAAUGAGAAGAGCCAUGGGGCGGUCAUAUGCGUGUCUUUGUUGCUGUCUGGGUCCCCAGAUACCGUUUUCUUGUUAUAUCCCUUAAAGAAAAGAAGGCUCAUCCGGCGAUUCCUUGCCAACUACCGCGUUGCUCCGUUCAUGUUGCCUUGCUGCUGAAGUGCCCCACCCAGUGUUGUUUUCGUCGUCGUCGUCGUCGUCGUCUAACUUAGACUUCUGUAAUGAUGGGUAAUACCCGACGUGGUGACGAUGGCGUCCAGGAUGAUGAUGAGUACCGGAUCCGGAAUUUCGAAAAGCCCCAUGUCGACGACAGGCUGAUUCCAACGAACAACUCAACAAGUGGCAAGAUGCCUCUUCGUUUGCUUCCAUUACUUGAAGAAGAACCUGGGCAAACGAGCGGGGGAAGGGCGAGGCCGCAGACUUUUGACAGGAGAGUUGCCCCAUUACUCAGGUCCGGGAAUUGCGGAGACCAUCGGGAAGGGGUCAGUGCGGUAGAGCAUCUGCCGCAAUUCCGGCAGGUCAACCCGUGGAACUGUUUAUCGUAGCCAUGGCCGUGGAGCGUUGAUGAAGGGGUGUUCCAUGCUUCAUGGUGCGGGAGUGUGGUGGAGGCGUAGUGUGCACCGGUAAGGUGACAUGGGAACGAGAUGCUCGGGAGAGCAUAAUAUUGCGAGAUCUCGGCCGAAGGUGAAAAGAGGGAAGAGGAGUAGGAAGGGAAGGGGGGUGGACAAGAAAAGAGAGAGAGGCGGUUGUUGUAUAAGAGAGAACUUGAGAAAAGAGAGCCUAGAGCAAAGAACGACGUUCGGCUGCCACUGCAACAACAGGCCCGUAGAUAAUUUAAACCACCUUGGUUCACAAGACUGCAAUGAAAGAGGAUUGGUCACUCACUUUGAACCCCCCAUCCAACGUUUCGUUUCCCCCUUUGGCUACCCCUGCCUUGUCCUCACUUCUCUGCAGUCCACUGCGGCGCAAGUCAAAUCUG